AUGGUUCUGUUUAGGGGAACAGAAGUUUCAAUUGGAAGUUGGGAUGAUGUUUUAUUAAGUGCAAGUUCGAAACAUGUCAUUACCAGUCAUUCACUUCAAAUUGUAAAUGUAAAUGAAAAUGAUCAAGGUAUUUAUGCGUGUACAAUAAGAAAUUCGAAAGAAAUAAAAACAAUUUUGGCCAAUUUAACCAUAUUAUUUUCUCCUCGAUUCAAUCCAUUGCCCGAAACGUACAAUGUUGGAUUAAUUAAUGGAUCUAUCGAACUACGUUGUCGCGUCAAAGGCAGUCCAAAACCAGUUAUGUCGUGGCGCAAAGGAUACGUUCAACUUCGUACAUCCCAUCGCGUACGAUUUUAUGAUGAUGGUGAAAUACUGGCCUUACAAAAUCUUCGUUCAGAAGAUGCUGGUACCUAUACAUGCUUGGCAGAAAAUUCAAUUCAACGUAUUUAUGCUCACAUUGAUCUUCGUGUUCGUGAGCCAACUUCUCCAUUUUUCACCAGACGUAUGUCAAACUUGACAACGUAUGAUGGUGCUAAUGUUGAACUGGAAUGUGGAGUAAAUGGUGAACCAGAACCUCAAAUUCAAUGGAUGAAGGACAAUGUCGAAAUUCAUUUUGAUAUGAAUCAUAUAUUGAAAGAUGAUGGAUCACUAUUAUUGUCAAAAGUAAUGAAUAAUCAGUCGGGAUACUAUUCGUGUGUAGCGACGAAUUUUGCUGGUAGAAGUAUUCACUCAUUUUGGGUCAAUGUAGUCAAUGAUAAUCAAAUAACGGAUGAAUUAAUUGAUCGUCUUGUAGAACAAGCAUCAGUUGAAGUUAAUCAUGCUGUGGCUGAAACUGUUCGACAUUUACAAGAUAGACGCCGACCACGGACACCCGGUGAUCUCAUGGCGCUCAUGAAAUAUCCAAAACCAUUACAAUUAAGCUUAGCUAAAACCGAAGACAUAUUUGAACGUGCUCUUGAUCUCGUCCAUCGAUAUGUUGAUAACAUUACAUUUCCCAGUGAACAUGCUCGAGCACAACAUCAUACAUUAGAUUUUCGCCCCGAUCAACUUCUUACCUCACGUCAACUUGAACGUCUUGCCCUGGUGUCUGGAUGCGUGGUUCAUCAACUGAAAUCAAACUGUCAAGAAAAAUGUCACGUUUAUCGAACGUCAGACGGUACGUGUAACAAUAUUCAAAAUCCAUAUUGGGGUGCAUCAUUUACUGUCUUAACGAGAUGGUUACAUGCUCAAUACGAAAAUGGAUUUAAUACACCACGAGGUUGGAACCAAAGUUUACUCUAUAAUGGUUAUGUUUUACCUAGUGCUCGUGAAAUAUCGUCUCGUUUAAUUGCCACAAAACACAUUACACCUGAUCCGGCGUUCUCUCAUAUGCUCAUGCAAUGGGGGCAAUUCUUGGAUCAUGAUAUGUCCCUAACUGUACAAGCUACUAGUAAUACGCGUUUCUCCGAUAGUUUACGUUGCUUAUCAUCGUGCAGUUUUGAAGCUCCAUGUUAUCCGAUACGUAUACCCGAAGAUGAUCACUUACGCGACGAACGUGGUAGUUGCCUGGAAUUUGUACGCUCGGCAGCGCUUUGUCUAAGUGGUGAAACAUCGUUUCUACAUUUACCCUAUCGACGUGAACAAAUUAACUCGUUGACAUCGUACCUUGAUGCAUCAAACAUUUAUGGUAGUACUGUCCAAGAUGGCUGGGAUUUAAGAGAGAGAAGUGCGGGUAAAGGUCUUCUUCGAACACACAGUACUCCAACAUAUCCAAAAGGUUUACUACCAUUCAGCACUGAUACGCCCGUUGAUUGUCAACGAGAUCGUCAAGCAAGUCAGAUUGGUUGUUUUCUAGCUGGAGACCAUCGUGUCAAUGAACAAGUGGCAUUAAUUGCUAUGCACACAAUUUGGGUUCGAGAACAUAAUCGUUUAGCAAAAAAGUUGUCUCAUUUAAAUCCACUGUGGAGUGAUGAACAGGUGUAUCAAGAAACACGAAAAAUAGUUGAAGCUCAAACACAAAUCAUAACCUAUAAGCAUUGGCUACCAUUUAUAAUUGGAGAUGAUGGUAUGGAAAUGUUGGGUAAAUAUCGAGGAUACAAACGAUCAGUAGAUGCGAGUAUCUCGAAUGUAUUUGCAACAGCAGCAUUUCGAUUUGGUCAUGGUCUAAUAAAUCCCGUCUUUUAUCGUUUAAAUGCUAGUAUGGAACCAAUACCCGAAGGCAAUCUUCUCUUACGUGAUGCCUUUUUUUCACCUUGGCGCGUGGUUCAAGAAGGCGGCAUUGAUCCAUUACUACGUGGCAUGUUUAGUGUACCGGCAAAAAUAAAAUUACCCUCACAAAUUGUUAAUAUUGAAUUAACAGAGAAAUUGUUUCAUGUCACACGAGCAGUAUCAUUAGAUUUGGCCAGUGCCAAUGUACAACGAAGUCGUGAUCACGGUUUACAAUCAUACACACAAUGGAGACGUUUGUGCAAUAUGACACAAGUGAAUGAUUUUGAUGAUUUAAAAAUAGAUAUCAAACAUGAACCAACGAGACGAAAUUUACGAGAUGUUUAUAAACAUGUUGAUAAUAUUGAUGUGUGGGUGGGUGGUAUGCUGGAAGAUAAUUUACCUGGUGCAAAAGUCGGACCAUUGUUUCGAUGUUUACUAGUAAAACAAAUGAAGUCAUUACGUGAUGGUGAUAGAUUUUGGCAUGAAAAAUCUGAUAUAUUUACACAAGCACAAUUGAAAUCAAUACAGAAGACCUCACUGGCAAAAGUUGUGUGCGAAAAUUCAGAUCAUAUUGAUACAAUACCGCGUAAUGUGUUUCUGAACGCCUUGUUUCCACGUGAUUAUGUGCCGUGUGCACAAUUAGACGAUAUUGAUGUUGAACCCUGGCGUGGAUGUUGUAGAGAGAACAUGCUUGGAUCGAAUGCUGUGUGUAAUCAACCAGCAAUUCUAUCGUUUGAUCCUUUCCCGAUACAUCGAUCAACUAGCCUUGAUCAACAACAAGUUCCUCGUCAAAAACGAUCUGACGAACAGCAAACAGAAACCACGGAUGAUGAUUUGAAGAUGAGUGAACUCAGAAAGCAGGUCGACGAUGUUCUAAAAAAGUUUUCUUCGAUUGAUAAACGUUUGACAACGGGCACACAUUGUUACGAUCAAAGUACAAGGAAAAUUCGUGCAAAUGGUGAAAAAUGGCACGUUCACAAGUGUCUUGUUUGUCAAUGCAAGUUUGAUAAAACAAAAGAAAACUCAUCAUCCACAUUAUGUGUGACCGACGGCAUUAUGUGA